AUGUCCGACGCCCCGUCGAAUCUUCCCGUAAUAACAUCGGACCCUACUACGACGCCUGCAAGAAUUCAUGACCUUCCAGCAGAGCUAUUGAGCCACAUCUUCGCCUUGACCGUGCCGGCUGGCAUGGACCGCGAUUGGUCACGCAGAGUUCCGCCGUACAUGAACGUCUAUCGCGUGUGCAGGCAUUGGAGGGCCAUAUCAAUUGCUUGUCAGAAGCUUUGGUCAACGAGCCUUCCCUAUAAGAGCCUAGAGUGGACCAAAGUCUGUCUUGCCCGCUGCCCUACAAUCCCGCUGGAGGUCAGGAUCGACGACCGCUAUCUUAACGACCGCUAUCCCGCCGUUCAGGGAGGCUAUCGCGAGGCUGUUGCGCAGGUCAUGCAGCACUGGGCACGGGUCAGAAGUCUGCUUUUAGCUCCAGAGUUCGAUCCUUCCGACGAAUCAUGGUUCGCUAACGAGCUGUCGCGCGAUUCAAGAGACAAUCUUGAAACGUUGCUCGGGUUCCUCCUGCGGCCAAACAACCAACUAGAAGAACUCAGGAUCGACUAUGGCCGGGGCAUUAGCGUCGUGGCUCUCAACGACUGGACUCCUGAAGCUCUCAAUCUACCUCAAGAGCUCUUCUCGUCGGUCCAUCCGCCCCGACUGUACCGCGUCGAGCUAGUGCGAUGUGGUCUACCUCCAACACCUCCCACGCAAAUUUUCGCGCGUAGCCUUCGGCACUUAUACCUUGCUGACACGCGCGCAUGGCUGGAUGUGGACUCUAUGAUCCAAUAUCUCCAAGUAAUGCCCAUGCUUGAGCGUUUCGAAUACGAGUUCUCGCUCGACGACCAUGUAUUCGACUGCCACCCAUCGCGCAAUCAUACAGCACGCUGUGUUCGACUACCUCAUCUCGCUAGCCUCAAAAUCGAGGCAUAUUGGGUGCAGAGCAUGACAAUCUUCAAUUAUAUUGCUAUACCUCUCGAAUGCAACCUCCACUUUUCCCCCAAUGGAUGGGACUAUCUGGAAUACACCACGGAAGCCAUAGCAGCUGAUGUCUUAGCAAUGCACAACGAAAGCCUCAAGCAGCACUUCGCUCAGGCGACAUCAUGCGGCGUCGCUUACCACGAUGUCACGAUCUCAGACCACGGCAUAAAGGCAUCGUCUCCGUAUCCACGCCUGGACGAACGCUCUAUCCCCCAAAAGGCACUUCUUUCCCCCGAAUUUCGUUCGUACAUUCCGGGGGCUCUGGCUACCCGAUUCAGGCGAGCUGCUUGUCGCAUCCUCGCAUCACAGUCGGUCACUGCCGGAGCCAGCCGGCUUUCUCUCGCAUCGGCAAUUUGGAGAUUUUGUCCCGAAGUCUUCGACGAGUACACCGCUGUCCGCUGCCUUGUUCUCAGGGAGAAUGAAGAGGCAGAGGCAUUCGCAGCUGCAGCCCGUCGCAGUGACAACAUGCUCUUUCCGAGCUUGCAGCGCGUGCUGUUUGAGCCACACGUCGACUGUAAGCCACGACUGGACAUACUGCGUGAGCUGGCGGCGGCACUACGAGACGUCUAUGUUGCCGGCGGAGGGUCCUUCAAAUGUUUAGCACUUUUGGACCGCGAUGUUGUCACCGAAGAUAUGGAGCGCGAGAUGAGAGCCAUCUUGGGAUCGGAGUACAUCACCAGGAGAAACUCAGUGUGGUAG